AUGUCGUCGCAUCGUUUGACGCGAGAACAAAAAGGAAAGGGGGCGGUAUCUUCUCGGGAUUCUGCUGAGAAUCCUGACAGUAUCCAUCACGGAGCAAUGAUGGAUACGGAGAAUAUGGAUUUAGCGCAGCGUCUUUUGGUCUCGGAAGCAAGAGAACAGUUCCGGGGUGACGACGACGGUCAAGAAGCGGUCGACGCCUCGAUUGUUCCGAUCAGCUACUACCCUGGGAACAUCUUCGCCGAGGAGAGCCCACUGGAGGUUUGGAGAAUUCGACCUUCGGUCGUCGAUGGACAAGAUUGGUCCAACGUCGAGAGGACGAAGUCCACCGUGGAGUCGGUGGAGGCUAUUCUCCGAGAUCUCAAUGCACACGGGGUCUCGUUCAUCAUUCCAAAGCGGGAUCAGAGGCCUUGGUCGCCCCCGAAGGGGUAUCAGUGCAUCUACGAGUCAUAUUUCCGGAAUGACACGAAGCUGUGGUUCCCGAUUCCUCGAAUCGUCACGACUUAUGCGUUCCGCAGAGGAGUCGCUUUAAGCCAGCUGAUGAACGGGUCUCUUCGGUUGAUGGUCGUUCUAUCGGUAAUUGCGGCCGAGGCGGGGACGUCGAUGAGUGUGAGGUCGUUUGAAGAAUUGACCUCGGUUUCAAUUUCCGAUGAUGGGCUCGUCUCGACGAGGAUGCGCCCAAACUACAACGUGGUUACGGGGUAUCCGACCAAAACCUCGGAUUGGCAACGUUCGUACUUCUAUGUGAAGUCGAACAGGUCAGCGUUCGAGGAACCUCCGAAGUCUGGUUAUCGCGUUCUUUGGAAUGCGGAGAUGGUUGGUCACCCGAAUCUCGCCACGUACCCCGAGGAUUGGAGGGAGAGUGCUCGAAUUGUUGCGUUGCAGAAGCAAGAUCACUGGGAGGAUUUUACUCGAGAGAGAAUUCAGAGAUCUGUAGACCGGAUUGCCAACCAAAGCUGGAUCUCGGAACCGCAUCCUCAUAUUAACCGAUCGACAUCGAAGAGAUUAUCCCUCUUUACGAGAGCCGAGCAGAAGGAGAUCAACCGAGCUAAAACGAUGAAGCAACUACCAGACCUUAGUCUUAUUGUAGCCGGGAAGAUCGGUGCCAAGCGAGGCGCUUCUGAGAACAGGGUUGGUCCUUCGGGACUGGAGGUCGUAGAGGCGACUCCAAUUGCCACUGAGCAGGCGCGUACUGGCGGCUCCUCGCAGGGUAAAAGCUCGAAGAAGAGCAAGAAAAGUGCCGGGGGUCCGAAGGAUUCCUCCGAGCCGGAACAUCCUGGUGCGGAUGGUUCUUCUAAGAAAGGGGGGAAGAAAAGGAAAGCCGGGGACCCGCCUUCUGAAGAUAUUCCCAAGAAGAAGAGGAUGAAGAAGAAAGAAACGGCUCCGCCCCGCUCAUCCUCGGUCUGCGAAGAGGAACUUCAGGCUCUAGUUCCUGAAGCUAUCCCUGAGGUUGGGACCUCGGAGGAUGAUGAGAACGAGACCAUCGCCCUCCGCCGACGGAGACGGGAGAGUCGAGUCACCGAGGAGGUAUCCCGUGGAGCCUUGGCCGGUGAUCUGCGUUCUACUGAGGGAUCUGAGACCCGAGUAUCCGGUCGCCCUAAGGAAACCCCGGCAGAUGGGUUCAGAUUCGAGUUUAACCGUGAGCUUCCGCUGGCUUGCUACCCGGAAGAUUGUGCUCGCCUGUUACGGUUGGUCAAAGGCGGUCCCGAUCAACUCCCUUCGGUGGGAGAUCUCAUCUUCAAAGAUGAGUAUGAGCACGCCUCUUGCUCGUCUGUAAAGAGCCACGGCGACUGGAAUGUUCUGGUCGGGAAGUAUGACACAGCCCUCAGGCGGGCUAGAGAGCAGAUCCGUGAGAGCGAAGAAGCCAAGAAGAAAGCGGAGGAGGCUCUUGGGAAAGCGUUUGACGAGACGCGAACAUCUGACGCGGCUGAACUGCAGAUGUGUAAGGAGGCGAUGAACAAUCUCGAGUUCGUGGUGGAUAAGCAGCGGAAGGAAAAGGCUGAUCUAGAGGCAAAAAUGGCUGCGGAAUUGCUAAGGCAUUCCGAGGAGAUGGACAGGCUUCGGAAAUCUCGUAAAUACGAGGUCACGCACGAGAGGGUUCGCGUGCUGAUUGCCAUGAUCGCUAAAGCCGAGAAACGCUUUCACAGGAUUUCCCUUCGUGAGGACAAAAGGGACAAAUACGACGAUGCUCGGUGUCUCUAUAGUCAAGCCUUCGGGACGAGGAAAUGUCUCGAGCAGAUCAAGGCCUCUGGUGUUGAGAUCCCGCAGGAAACCAUCGACUUCUUCAUCGGGCAAGAGAAGCACUACGAGGAAGAAGCAGAGCGUUUGGAGGUAAAGGAGAUUCCGGCGGAAGAUCUUUGCCUUUCUCCGCUAGUGUUGGAGUCUCGAUUUUUGAUCGAGGAAAUUUGGCGUCAGCUUGACCCGUUUGGGUCAAAUAUUAAUUUGAUCGAUUCGGAGGCCGCUAUUGCUCUGCGUACUCCUCUUCGUCCUGAAGAUCCGGUGGAGAAGCCCGCUCAAACUGCUGUAUCCUCCAACCAGCCCACCGACCAAGACAUUGACCCUGCGAAGCAGGCAUCAGCAGGAGCGGUUGUUUUGAAGGACGGAGCCGUGCCGACUAUCGUGCUAACGGAUUCCCCUGCUAAGGCAUCGAAGAAUGCCAGCUCAUCUGCUUCGUCGUCAGAGGACCCGGAGAAAGGUGAUGAUGCUCUUGCGGGGAUGCCUACUGCAGACGCGACUGCGCCAGCCCCAACCAAAUUUGGUCGUGUCUCGGGUCCCGGAGAAGGAGAUGGCCGCGGCAACGAGGAUCCUCCCGUGGUUGAUUGA